AUGCCGCAAGAUCCAAAGAUCGUCAAAGUAGAGCCACUUCCUGCUAGCGAGGCAAAGUGGAUCGAGUUCCAGAAGAUCUCAUGGCAGGAUCAAACUGGCAAAGACCGCGUAUGGGAAGCCGCGGCACGCAAGACUCGAGGCAAGGCAGGCGUCGACGCCGUCGCCAUCACCACAAUCAUCCGCCACCCCUCGCGGCCGCCUUCCACCAUCAUCAUCCUGCAGUACCGCCCGCCCGUCAAUGCCGUCUGCGUCGAGCUUCCCGCCGGUCUAGUUGACGAGAAGGAGUCACCUAGCGAGGCCAGCGUACGAGAGCUACACGAGGAGACUGGAUACAAGGGCAAGCUAGCAUUCAUCAGCCCCACCAUCGUCUCCGAUCCUGGUCUAAGCACUGCGAAUAUGCAAUUAGCCAUGGUUGAAGUCAACUUGAAGGAAGGCGACGCGGAGCCCGAGCAGGCGCUGGAUGAUGGCGAGUUCAUCGAGAGGGUCGUGGUGCCAAUCGACGAGCUGUACGACCGCUUGGUCAAGUACGAUCAAGAGGGCAAGACAGUAGAUGCGAGGCUUUGGCAUUGGGCUGCGGGAUGGAACGCCGCGAAGACGAUGUUGUGA